AGUUUGAUUGCACGAAUUCAGUUGCGGUUUCUAUUCAUUGCGUUGCGGUCCGAAAAUUUUUCUAAAGAAAAUGUUGUGUUUAAAGUUCUUCUUAAGUUCUUUACUCUGCAUUACUACCACUCUAGCUGAAGCGCCAUAUGCCGCAGGAGGUUGGCGUCCACAACGUCCAUUCAACUUGCCCGCCGAUUACUUGCCGCCCGCACGCGACGUUGGAAAGCAACAGCAACCCAUAUUUGAUGUAGAACUCAACAAAGAACGCGUUGUUUUCGCCGGACAAAUACAAAGUAGUGCAGUAAGUUCCGCUAAUAGGCAACAAACUUCCCCAUACUUAGCAACAAAAAAGCAAAACUCAGACUUUCUGAAGGUACAAAGGCCGCCUUAUCAGAAGCCAGCAAAACAACUUGUUUUUAAAACAAUCGAUAUUCGACCACAAGAGCAACAGAAAACGCAAAUAUUUCAAAUAUCCAAACCGCAACCACAAUUCAGUCAGCGCCGACCUUUGCGACCACAAACAACAACAAAUUUUGCAUUUGGUAGCGAACAGGAAACACGAGUUUCUAAGCCAGCACAAAAGUUCGGGCCACCCAGUAGUGGAGAGGAGCAAAAAUUCACUAUAAACUACCCGAAUCCGCGUAGCUUAAAGCCACCACAGCAGGCCGAUAACGAGCUCGAAGAUGCCGCGCGUUUGGCCAUAGAAGCGCUAAAUGCAGCUAAAGACGCUUACAACCGUCAAUUGGUGGGUGGCGCAGUGAACGCUGAUGAUGGUGGCUUGGAAGCGGAUGUACAGGAGGUUGACGCUGAUGGUGUAAGAAAACCAAGUGCUGGUCGUAACGGUGGCGGUGGCUACCCUGCAUCACGUGCAACUCGUGGUCAAUAUUAUGUUUUAGGUCUUGAUAAUCGUUUGCAGUUGGUACGUUACACAACCACACAGAGUGAAGCUGAGGCACGGACUGAUGGUAGUUUCACUGCUAACCUGCACUAUACACCAUUGGGAGAAAUUAAAAAUCCGAUUUUUAAAUCCAACAGCCGUGGGCAAUUACAAAGAAUUGUUAAAUAAAAAAGUUUCAAGAUUCUAUAGAGUUCAUAUCCAAAUAUGUAAAUGUUCUCACACAAAUGUACCUUAUAUCUUUUACUCUAGUAAUGGUAUUAUAUUUCCAACUUGUACAAUAGUUUUAAGAUAAUCAACAUAAGUAGCUUGCAGUUAUGUACUCACCAAUAAUUUUUCAGCAUUUGAAUUUCUUUGACUCACGCUGUAAUAUCUUUCAAAACACAUUAUAAACAUUAUUGCUAUAAAUUUUUAUUAUUAAAAAGUACACUAUACAUUUAUUAAUGCAAUGACUCUCAGCGCAAGCCCGUUGAAAAUUUCCAUUGUUCGAAUUGUUAGAAUUGUUAAAACAUAAGGAAAGCGGAAGCAAAGAAGAACUAAAAAAUGCCCAUUUUGCACAAGCCUUAUUUUUUCAAUUAUAUAUGUACAUAUGUAUAUUUAUGUA